CAAACCACCAGACAUAUUGCAGUCUGCCGUAGAAGUGAAAGGGUUUGGUGAAAAAUUCCGGCCGCCUCAGCGUCGCGAGGUGGGGGACGAGACGAAGCCAGAGCGCCCCAAACCCAAACCCCAGAACCCCGACAUAGGGUUACGCCAUCGCCAUGGGAUCUGUUGCCUCCGCAGCAGCGCCACCUUCUCCUCACUCAGCGCUACCCCAGGAGGGCGCGCCGCCCUAUGGCCCCGGGCUCGCCGGGAUCCUCCCGCAGACGUCAGUGGGAGAGGAGAAGAAGGAGGAGAAGGUGGACUACCUCAACCUCCUCUGCCCCGUGCCCUUCGAGGAGAUCCAGCGCGAGGCUCUCAGUUUGUCCCCUUACCCGUCCAGUUUUAACUCCAUAACCAGCUAGUGCGUGUGCAGUGCUGCGGCAUUGUGUAGUUUUCACUCGGUAUGCGCUGCCACGUGGUUGGUGAGACCCGUGGUAGAAUUGGUUGGUCGACGGAGAUUGAAUUUCUCGAUAUGGAUCAAGUUCUAGGCUGCUGCUUUAGUUUUACGGGGGUUCAUAGUUGGAUCUGAAAAUUAUGGUGCUUAGUUGAUUGUCAUUAUUACACAGCAUUGAUAGAUGUGUCUUAGGAAUUGCUUGGCCAUUUGUGUAUGACACAAGUAUCUUUUGCACACAGUGCCCACAGUGCAGCACAUUAACUGAUACUGCAGAUGUAGUUUUUGCUCUAAAGCAUUUGAUUCCACUACACUUGCUGUCUCUAGGAUUUGGUAUUUGUUUAAUUAUUUCUUUAACAUUGAUAUCUUGUCACAAAUACCAAUUAUUCAUAUGCAUUGUGCCUCUAUCCAGAUGACUUAUGACUUGUUUAUUCAGUUUACCAGCUCACUGCCCAUGUUUUUUAUGCACAUUCCAUAAAUUGUAAGAAAAUAUUCUUGAUGCUUCUUUAGGCCUCCACUCAUGGCACAAAUUGUAGUAUCUGAACACACAUCUUAACACAUUCCAUACAUCCCACAUGUACAUCAAUUAUUGCCCUUAAGACGUACACUAGAUCGACCCUAUGCACACAUAUACCUGCUGGAGAGGUUCACGAAGCCCUGGUUUGAAAUACGGGCCCGUUGCUGUCCCAUCAUGGCCCAAAGGCGCUGGAGGUUUAUCUGGAAAUUAAUUUGGCGGCAUGCCAUGAUGAGACACCCAUCAAACAAUCCUGAGUAUCGAAGAUUCAACCCGAGUUUUGGCGCAAAAAUCCUAGAGGCUGAUCUAGAAAUUGUUAUGGGGGCAUGCCACGAUGAAACACCUUUCAAACAAUCCUGAUGAUUUGAACUCAAUGUCUUUGAAGCCUGAACUUUUUGAAGGAUUGAGGUUUGACUUCACAAAAGGGUUGAAUCAAAAGUUUUCUCUUAGCCACAGCGUUUUUAUGGGCUCCUUAGAAGUUCCAGCCCAGGGGUCUGAAACUAUUAAAGUUCCAACUGCUCAUUAUGAAUUUGGUGCCAAUUUUUUAGAUCCAAAGUUAAUGCUCAUUGGAAGGGUGAUGACAGAUGGAAGGCUUAAUGCUCGCGUGAAAUGUGAUUUGACAGACAAUCUGAUGCUGAAAGUAAAUGCACAGCUUACCCAAGAGGCACAUUACUCACAAGGAAUGUUUAACUUUGACUACAAGGGAAGUGACUAUCGAGCACAAUUCCAAAUAGGGAACAAUGCAUUCUAUGGUGCAAAUUAUAUUCAGAGUGUUACUCCGAACCUAUCAAUGGGAACUGAAAUGUUCUGGCUUGGUCACCAAAGGAAGUCUGGAAUUGGUUUUGCCUGUCGCUAUAACACGGACAAAAUGGUGGGCACUCUACAGGUCGCAAGCACUGGAAUAGUUGCCUUAAGUUAUGUCCAGAAGAUUUCUGAGAAGGUUUCCCUUGCGUCUGAUUUCAUGUAUAACCAUAUGUCAAGAGACGUAACUUCCAGCUUUGGUUACGAUUACUUGCUUAGGCAGUGCCGUCUAAGAGGCAAAAUUGACUCGAAUGGUGUUGUUGCGGCAUAUCUGGAGGAGAGGUUGAACAUGGGUGUCAACUUUCUUCUAUCUGCUGAGAUUGACCAUUGUAAGAAGAACUACAAGUUUGGUUUCGGAAUGACCGUAGGAGAGUAAUUCUGCUAAAACAAUUGCUGAGAAGAGCACAUGAGGACUUUCGCAGUCUGCUUUGCAUUGUAUGUUAAGAUACUUCAGGUCUCAGUUUUGAUUGAUCAGGUUCUGCCCCGUCGAAAAAAAUACUAGCUGUUGCUGCUUUACAGGGUUUUGUCUCAGUGUAUUGGUGGUUGUUUAUUUUCAGCUACUUGAGCAUGGGGGCCAUGAUUCUUUGUUCAUCUUGGAUGUAACUAGCUGAUUGGUGUUCCAAUGAUGUUGUAUUUGCAGAACGAUUUUUUCCUUUUAAAUCACCAACAACCACCACACUAGGCUUUUUCUGUACCAUCAUGGACGGGCCACAAGAUUUUACAGUUCAAAGCUUUGGCACUUGCCAUAUUUGAUGUCGUCUUGUGCUUUUGCUCAUCCAUGUAAGUCAGAAAUCUCAGUUCAUAUCAGUGCUUUUGCUCAUCCAUGUAAGUCAGAAA